UCCUUCUGCCUGCUUCCUUCCCUCCGGGCUUGCUCCGGCCCAGUGUGAGGUCACACAAGGCGGCUCCUCCCUCCCAGCCGCGCGUCAGCCCUCGGAGGAGCGCCCCAGGCUCUUGGAAGCAAGCGUUGUCUGGCUCGAGAGGUCCAUGGCGUCCCCGCGGCUCUUCCUCGCCCCCGUUCUGCUCUUUGCUUGGAGCGCAGGUGCCCAGCUUCGCUUUGCAAACUAUUAUGGGGAUCACAUGGUGCUGCAGAAGGAACCCAGCAGUGCAAUCGUCUGGGGCUAUGGGACUCCCGGGGCCGACAUUACCGUGAUUGUUUCCCAGGAGCAGAACUUUACGAUGAAAGAAAUUGCAGAAGUGCGCGCUGAUUUCAAGUGGAAAGUUAUCCUGAGUCCCAUGGCCAGUGGCGGCCCUUACAAGAUAGAGGCCAACCAGUCCUACAAACAGGAGGUAUCAAAUGUGACGCUGAACGAUGUCUAUUUUGGAGACGUCUGGCUCUGCAGUGGACAAAGUAACAUGGAGAUGACUGUUUCCCAGAUAUUCAAUGCCAGACAGGAACUUGCGGAGGCCAAAAACUAUUCCCUCGUUCGGGUUUUUUCAGCCGCUCUUGUCGAAUCUGAUGCAGAACUCGAGGAACUGGGAGCUAUCGACUUGCCGUGGUCUGUCCCAACAGCCGGAAACCUUGGCCAUGGAGACUUCCGCUACUUCUCUGCCGUGUGCUGGCUUUUUGGCCGGCAUUUGUAUAGCGAGCUCCAGCAUCCUAUAGGACUGAUAGACUCCACUUGGGGAGGGACCCCAAUUGAAGCCUGGUCUUCCAAUAGAGCACUGCAUGCAUGUGGACUCUCAGUAGACACCAAAAGAAAUCUUUCCUUGGAUCCUAUUGGUGGCCCCAAAAAUCCUUCUGUGCUCUGGAAUGCCAUGAUCCAUCCUUUUGUCAACUUGACCCUCAAAGGGGUUAUUUGGUAUCAAGGUGAAGCGAAUACAAUAAUGAACACAGAUCUGUACAACUGCACAUUCCCUGCCCUCAUUGAAGACUGGCGGAAAGCCUUCCACGAAGGCUCCCAAAGACAAACUCAGCUGUAUUUUCCCUUUGGUUUUGUCCAGUUAUGCACAGAUCGCCGCGUAGCACCAGAUGACAACUUCCCACGUAUCCGGUGGCAUCAAACUGCAGACUUUGGCUAUGCUCCUAAUAAGAAAAUGCCCAAUACUUUUAUGGCGGUGACCAUAGAUCUUGGUGACGAUCAUUCUCCCUACGGCAGCAUCCACCCCAGAGAUAAGCAGACUGUGGCCUAUCGAUUAUUCCUUGGUGCACUGGCAGUUGCUUAUGAUAAAAAACGCCUGGUCUUCCAAGGGCCUUACCCUCAGACGGUGCAGGUGGAUGCACACCUUGGACUCCUCAAAGUCACCUACAAUGAGCCCAUUGAGCUUCGCCAGUUGAGUGAGGAGAUAUUUGAGGUGUGUUGCUCAGAACAGCCCGUGUGCAAGUGGACCCCAGUGUCGAUCAAGGCAUCCUUGUACUUCUCAGUGUUUCUGCUCAAUAUAGCUUGCCCCCGAACUGUGCUUGGCCUGCGCUAUGCAUGGAUGGAGUGGCCUUGCGAAUACAUGCUGUGCCCCUUGUACAACCUGCAGAACUUGCCUGCCCCUCCAUUUAUUACAUUUGCCAAAAAUAACCCUGCCUGGAUUGUAUGGUAAAGAGGGCAAAAUCCCAGGAGGUCUCUUGGAUCAGAGAGUGCCAAGAAAGGCCGAACAGAGACAGAGAUUAUUUUUGUAACGAGUAUAGUAAACUCCUCAGGUCGGUAACUGUGGAGCCAAAAAUCCUCAGAUUGGGAAGACUGGCUGUGCACCAGAAAAGGGAAAAAUUGAAUCAGUCGAUUUUGCAGGCAGUUUCUUGCACUUUGCACUUGCUCUGAACUUUUGUGAUAAUGUAACGAAGAUUUUUAGCAGCUACACUGAGAAUCAACCAAGCUACUUAGCAAACUAUAACUACUUACUUUUGCAAGGGAAGUAUAGUUGCAUCGCAGACCAUAUGUGUAUUUACUCAGAGGUAUGGCCCACGGGUUUCCAUAGGACUUAAUGCCAAGUAAAUGUGUUUAAGAUUUAUUUAUUUAUUUGUCGUGUCAGAGAAACCAGUCCAUUAUAUUACAUUUCUAACAGAACAAAGCAAACAAACAGAGAAAAUACAAAACUUGUGAGUUUGGUAGUUGGUUAAAUGUCCUUUGACCAGUA